AUGCCUCAGCUAGCCCUCGCCGAGAAAUUAAAUCAACUCUAGAUCAACUAUUAGCCAUAAAGACAGCAUCCCCUUAAGAGAUCAAUCGAAGGAGGAUUCUAAAACUAGCAAUUUCCCUUUAAAGGAGCUGUUAGAGUCCCAGUCCAUGGCAAGAGAGUAAGCGAGAAUAAAUUUGUGACUCAUUUGGGAGGAGCUUCAUCAGUUAUCACAACUGCUUCCUCUUCAACCAACCACUCACUUGUUAGAAGAAGCAAAUCAGUACCUAAGAUUCGCCUUACACUUAAGCAAACUUUGCUCAAUGACUAUGGCCAGGACAUCCACUUCCAUCUCAAGGGAUUAGAGAAAUCAGUAGACCAAGAAGGCUUCUUAAGUAUACAUCAGAUUUAAGCAGAUUACAGAGCCAAAAUGGUUGAUUGGAUGCUAGAGGUCCUCACAACAUUCAAAAAUUCUGAUCAAACCUAUUUCCUAGCAGUAAAUCUGAUGGAUAGAUACUUCAAAAAGCAAACUGAACCCCAGCCUUCCUCUGAACUCCAUUUGACUGGUAUUUUGAGCAUGUUUAUCGCUUCAAAGUAUGAGGACAUUGUUCCUCUCAUGAUGAAAACAGUAAUUAACAAAAUCGGGCACAGUAAAUUCGAUUUGGCUACAAUUCAAGACAAGGAGCUCGAAAUGCUUCAAAUGCUUCAAUAUAAAAUCGGUUCUCCCACUAUUAAAGAGUUCCUAGACAGAUUCUUAGUAGAAAUUGGAGAGUCACUUCAUAAAACAGAAAAUUUAAGUAGAUAACUAAUGUGCUUAGCUAAAAUGACUUGCUUCUCUUACGAGAUGCAACAAGCACCAACAUCACUCAUGGCUGCGAGCAUUCUCACGCUAGCUCUCAGACAUGGAGUGAUUCAAGCAGGCAAGGCAGACGUUGAAACCCUGAUAGCCAAGAUCUCCGCCUUCGCUGAUCUAAGCAUGACCGAUGUCAACGAAAAAGUGAUGCAAUUACUUAAAUUUAUAAAGACUUUCGAUGCCAUAUAUCCCAACCUCAGAAACUUGAGGUAGAUCUAUGGAGAGGAACUUAAGAGUUUCAAAUUUUACUAAACAUAGAACACAACCACUAUGAAGAUUCAAAACGGCCCUUCAUAUUGA